CUAUGAAAAGAGUCAAUACUUCAUAAAUCAUUAUAAAGUGUGUUAUAUUUCAAUGCAAGUGAUUUUUUUUAUGUACUAAUAAUAAUAAAUUAAUUAAUUUUAAUUUAAGGUUGUUAUGAAUAUCAAUUUGAAUUUGUUGAAAGCUGAAAUGCUUGUUAUAAAGAACUGCUUACUUUCCAAUUAUAAUCAUGAUGUUACUAAAGAUAUUUGUAAGGAGUCCACAUUUACAAACGUGUAUAAAAUGUUACAAGUUGCUCUUACAAUUCCGGUGAGUUCUGCUACUUGUGAAAGAAGCUUUUCCUCAAUGCGUCGUCUAAAAAACUGGCUAAGGGCAAGUAUGGAGCAACAGCGUUUCACAGAUUUAUCAAUAUUGAAUAUUGAAAGAGAUAUUGUUAAUAAAAUUACUUCAUCAGAAAUACUAGAAAAAUAUUCAACUACUGAAGAAGUAUGUGGUGAAAUACAGUCAAAACGGCCAAAACAAAAUGUGGCUGGUGUUAGUCAGAAAACGGAACCUGAUGAGAAACUACCAUCAACUAAACAAAUGCUUGAAGCGCUUCAAAUUCUACGUAGAGGGAUUCAGCAAAAAGGCGAUUUUGACAUAUUCGAGCAACAUAAAUCCUAUGAAAUUGGCUGA